AUGGAUUUAUCCUUCUCACAAUAUACAUGGCUGUAUGUUUUAUCAUCAUUUCCACAACAACAAAUCAUUCCUUCAUUUAUCAUACAACAUGACACUCUUAUUGAAUAUAUUGAAUAUUUAUAUAAAAAUUAUUAUUUUGGAUUUAUGGGAAAGGAUGAAACAUUGAUUUACAUGAUUGAAUAUGUGAUUGAACAGAAGAAGGAAAUUAUUAUGGACUCAUCGUCUCCAUUUUAUAUUCCAAUACUUGUGUUUAAAAUAAUGAUCCAAUUAGAACAAGAAAUAUUGUUUUAUGAUAUUUUGAAAAGAUUAUUGAAAAGGAAUGAAUUUAAUUUAAGUUUAUCUUAUCAACAAGCCAUGUAUAUUUUGAAAUCCAACAAGAACAACCAAUCAUCACCAUUACUUCUCAUACAUUCACUUUAUCAGAUACACAAGUUGCAUCGAAGAAAAUUUCUCAAAAACAAACUCCACCAAUUCAUCAUAAGGUUGAAAAUUAUUCAGCACAGCAAAGAAAAUUGA